UCUUGAAAAACGUGGCGCCGCGAUUUCACGGCGAGGCAGUGACCACACGGAAAGCCCCGCGCGCUGGGGGCCUCGGUAGCCCGACACCCGUUGGACGCGUGAGGAGCGGGAGUGAAAAGCGGCCCGGUUCGGCACUGUGCGUCCUACGGAAAUGGCGGAUGGUCCCUAAAGAGCAGCUGGGCUGCAGGGCCGGGAGCGAGCGGCCUGAGCCAUGAAUGCUCCAGGCGGGGGCUGGGACGGGGCCUGCGGGGGCGUCCGGCUCCUCCUGGACCUGUGUCUUCAGUGCUUGACAAAGAACAUUUCCAGAUAUGUUGCAGAUAUUAAGCCUUUGCCUCCCAACAUAAAAGAUAAGCUGAUAAAAUUAAUGAGUAUGCAAGGGCGGAUAACUGAUUCAAACAUCAGUGAGGUGCUGCACCCAGCAGUGGAGACGCUAGAUCUUAGAGAUUGUGAUAUUUCAGAUACUGCCCUGCUGCAACUUUGUAAUUGCAAGCAACUGAAAAAAAUUAACUUAAAUUCUUGUAAAGAAAACAGACUAGCCAUCACUUCAGAAGGAGUCAGAGCUCUGGCCUUGUCUUGCCCUUAUUUACGUGAAGCCUCAUUUAAAAGAUGCUGCAAUGUAUCAGACAGCGGAGUUCUUGCUCUGGCACUCAAUUGCCAUCUUCUACAAAUAGUUAACUUAGGCAGCUGCUCAGGCAUCACCGAUGCAUCCCUGCAUGCGCUUGGACAGAACUGCAGAUUUCUACAUAGUGUGGAUUUUUCAUCUACUCAGGUGACUGAUAAUGGUGUCAUAGCACUAGUUAGUGGGAUGUGUUCAAAGAAUUUAAAGGAGAUCCACAUGGAACGCUGUGUGACUCUGACAGAUGUAGCUGUGGAAGCUGUCCUUACCUGCUGUCCGGAGAUCUAUAUUCUGCUGUUUCAUGGAUGCCCACUGAUAACAGGUUAGUCAAAUC